CAAACGACAACCUCAUACCAGAAGUCGGAAGACAGACAAGAGUUCGACAGUUUACCAAACUUCACUUAUAACACCUCAGCGUUCAAAACACUAAGCAGAAAAAAAUUAUAAAAGACCGUUGCUUUUGAUUAAAUAGCAUCAGGCGUUGGUAUUUCCCAGCCUACAACCAACGAGACGCGAGGUUACGACCAACAACACUGCCAGUCAGCAUGAUAAAUGUACAACUAAACUAGCUUUCUAGGUAGUUAGCUCAGGGAUUCAUUCCCGUAGCUAUGGACGAGGACUCUGAAGACCUGUCCAGCCUGUCUCUAUCCACGGUGUCCCCGAGUCCUGACAGGAACCAUGGUCACCAGGAGGACAGUAACCGUGGUGAUCAGAAAGACACACCGCAGGGUCAAGACGUCAACAGUGAAACACCAACAUUUAAUAUCGUAGUCAAAGAGGAAGAAGACUGGGAACUAGAUAAUACAGGAGAGAGUCCCAGCCAUCACUCUGCAGGCGAGGAGAAGCCCUCUACACCAGGAGAACCUGAACAACACCAGAUGAUACGCAGAACAAGGCAGAAAAAGACCCACCCAUGCCCAGAUUGUGGGAGACACUGCCAAACAUUAUCUGCACUACAAAUACACAUGAGAACCCACACAGGAGAGAAGCCUUACACUUGCCUUGUGUGUGAGAAAACAUUCACUAUUAGACAAGCUUUGAAAACACACCAACGAACACACACAGGAGAGAAGCCUUAUACCUGCUCUGAGUGUGGGAAGGGCUUCGCUCAUCAAGAUAGCUUGAGAUACCACCAAAAGAGGAAUUCUGAACAGAUUAAAACAGACCCGGAUGACAAGUUUGGCUGCUGCUGUGGACAAGAGUUCUCCUCAAAGUGUGUUCUGGAGGUUCACUUGAAGACAAACACUGGAGCCAAGCCUUACACCUGCUGUGUGUGUGGCAAGAGGUUCAAUAAAGAAUCGUUAAAAGAACACCAGCGAUCUCACACAGGAGAGAAGCCUCACUCUUGCUCUUUCUGUGGCAAGGGUUACUAUCACAAACCGGCUUGGAAAGCCCACGAGCGAACACACACCGAGGAGAAGCCCCUGUGCUCCGUGUGCGGACGGACCUGCUCUAACAAGUAUACAUUAAAAGUCCACCAGCGAACACAUACAGGAGAGAAGCCUUUCCUCUGCUCUGAGUGUGGCAAGGGCUUCAUCAGUAAAGGACUCCUGAUGACCCACGAGCGAUUCAACUGUUCUGGGGGAGAGGAACGACGGCGAGCAAAGAGGUUUCACAAGUGUCCGGACUGUGGGAAGGAAUUCACUCAAGCAAACAAACUGGAGAGACACAUGAGAACACACACAGGAGAGAGACCUUACCAGUGCUCUGUGUGUGGGAUGAGGUUCAACCAGAAAGGGAAUCUCAAAACGCAUUUUAAAGUGCACACAGACCGGGAUCCCAGAUUGCUGCUGCCGGACAUCAGGGCGACUUCUUCAGAAGCAGCUAAACAACCUCCAGACAACAGACACAAUGUUGGGAAACCACAACGAUGCCUGAAUCAGAUUGGCAAGGAGGGAACCCACAACCUACCAGCAACAAAAACCCACAACCUUCUGGCACCACAAACCCACAACCUUCCGGCACCACAAACCCACAACUUCCCAGCACUGCAGAGGGAGGGAACCCACGACCUCCCGGCACCGCAGAGGGAGGGAACCCACGACCUCCCGGCACUGCAGAGGGAGGGAACCCACGACCUCCCGGCACCGCAGAGGGAGGGAACCCACGACCUCCCGGCACCGCAGAGGGAGGGAACCCACGACCUCCCGGCACCGCAGAGGGAGGGAACCCACGACCUCCCGGCACCACAGAGGGAGGGAACCCACAACCUCCCGGCACCACAGAGGGAGGGAACCCACAACCUCCCAGCACCACAGAGGGAGGGAACCCACAACCUCCCGGCACCACAGAGGGAGGGAACCCACAACCUCCCGGCACCACAGAGGGAGGGAACCCACAACCUCCCGGCACCACAGAAAUCCACCAUGUCCCCCAGGGGAGAAAAACACUUCCUCUGCCCUGAAUGUGGCAAGAGUUACACCAGGGAAUACAACCUCAGUGUCCACCUCAGAAUGCACACAGGAGAGAGACUGUACAAGUGCUGUGAAUGCGGGAAGACCUACGGCCGGAAAAACAAUCUCCAACAACACCGGCGGUCACAUGCUCCCAAGCCCAUGGGACCGACCCGCCAGUUAGGCAGACCACCCAGUAUGGGCUCUAGUAGCGGAAGGUCCAUCCAAUUACCCAGGGUGGGAAGAGCUAAGCAAAAAAUACAUAUAUCAAUGUAAAUAUGAGAGACCGAUGCCCUUACCGGACAUGGAGAGAGAACACUGGCAGUACUGGCACCUUUAAACAUGGGGCUAGGCCCAUAUCUUCAUCCCAAAUGGCACCCUAUUCCCUAUAUAGUGCACUACUUUUGAUCUGGGCCCAUAUGGGACCCAUAGGGCUCUGCUGAAAUGUAGUGCACUAUAUAGGGAAUAGGGUGCCAUUUGGGACAUCCACUAUGACUAUACAGAUACAUUCUUCUUUCUGGCUUAGUGUGUGUGUGUGUGUAUUUGUGUGUGCGGGUGUCCGUAUGCACGCACGUGUUUGUGUGUGUGUGUGUUGUGAACAGUACAAUAAAGUCCACUGUGUUGUGUAAGAUAAUCAUACUAACUAGUUGUAAUCCUGUGCCUAUUUUAAUCAAUCAAAAUGAAGCUAUUGCAUUUUA